AUGCAGAGUUUGACGUCUGGCACGGUCCGGUUUCCGUCGAUGGAGGCUGACUUUGGACCAAGCUUGACAUCCCAAGGGUACACGGGCAUGCUUGUGGUUGGCGUUCCGCGCGAUGGCUGCGGCCCUUUGCAGCCUGCCGCUGCCAACGUCACCCAGUUUGUGCUGCUAGAGCGUGGUGGCAACCCAAUCUGCGAGUUUGACGAGAAGGUGUUACGGGCUGAAGAGGCAGGGUACAGUGCUGCCAUCAUCUAUGACACGAUUGAUGAAGGGCUCAUUGUCAUGCGCGGUCGGCAAAACGUUGACAUUCCAUCCGUUUUUGUCACCCACUCCGCUGGCGUCAUCUUGUCCCAACACGCGUGA